UGAUUUCUCUGGCAGGCGGCGAAAAACGAACCGCGUCGAAAUAGGAAAAGUUGACGCGGCAGUGUCGUACUUUCUGCAUAGGAGUGACGCUGGACCUUUUGUCAUAAAUUUAUACCCGGCGGCAUUUUAAUUCGUCAUUUGUCUAUUUUAUAAAAUUAUGGAAAAUUUGAAAAGUGAAUUUAGUGUUAUUCUUCUAUAGUUAUAAAUAAUUUAUGAUAAAUUUUAUUUGUGUAAAAAUUCGUUGCAAAAAUAAAUUAAAUGCGAAUGUACGAGUAUGAUAAAGCAGAACAGAUUUUAAAAACAUAGUAAAAAAAUAAGUGCCCAAUGGAAAUCAAGUAAAUACGCAAACUUUUUUGAAGCUGUGAAAAACUGUUAUUGAUGAUAUUCUUACAUCCAUACAGAUCAGAAUAUUGUUUACACAAGUUUUGAAUUGUGAUAUUGUUAGUAGCGUCCAUACAUAUGUACAUAUUUCAACAGUGACGUCACAUUGACUCUUAAGAUAUACAAAUCCGGCCAAAUAUACAAAACCAUUGUUUAUACACAUUUAAAUGUACACACUUGUAUAUAUACAUACAUACAUAUGUACUAGUUGAACUGUUUUCGUAGAGUAUUGCCUAGGUGAAGAUUAUCGCAAAAACAAACGAGGCGAUGACGUUCUCCGAGCUCUUCCACUUACAAUGAUUACAGUUUUUAUUCGAGGGCUGCCGUGUGUAGGAAAAACUAAAAGAAUUCUUGCCGAUUGCUUCUACCAAGGAAACUCGAUAUUUAGGUGAGUGCCUCGAAGAACUACAAAGAAUACACAAUUUAAUUUAGAUGCUAUGUUCCCUGGUGUUGCUUGCUUUUAAGUAAUUGUGGACUCUCUGUGGAUUAAGCAUUCGUAACAAAAUUGUUAUGAGCAAUACCUUCUAUUUUGGUUGUACCCCCUUAAUAGAUGACGAAUCAGCUUCGUAGCUAUAUCGUUUCUUAUAGGGUCGACAUUCUGCAUUUUAACAGUAUUGUUCCUACGGUGGCAUGGAUAUACAACCCCACACCUUUCGAGCUGAACUAUUUUCACACUUUGAAUAUUUUACGGUACACCAGCUAAAAUUUACCUAAUAUAUGUAUCGCCAUAAAUUCUUCAACAAAUACAAGGUCUCAAUUAGUGUACUCGUGCUUCUCUCAUUGUUUUCCGUUUGGAAUUUAAGAGACUGGAUCAUAAAUAUUGCGGAAAAUUGGCGUUAACGAACGAAAAUCAAAGUCCUUUCACUUCUAGAAUUGCCGUUCUUAUCGCCAUCAACCUUACAGAACACACACAACUAAUGAUACGUAUCUGCUGUUCUGUCGUAAAGCAUGUCCAGUGUUACAGAGCACAGAGGUUCUCUUUUGCAAAUUGGGGCAGAUCGUAGCUCCACUUUAAUUGCCGAUCGCCCGUUGAAACUCAUCUUUACAAAGCAUCGUCGAAGAAGACACACAAGUGCAUACACUCACUCCAGCAUACAAGAGGACGGUCGGAGUGCUGUUUGAGGUGACUUAGAGUAAGCGUUGUACGGAAAAUGUCAUCACGGCGCAGCUCAUUUCGAAAACGACAAAAACCCCCUUUCGAACGAUUCAAAGAUAGAUGUCGACAAUUCACAGCUUUUAUGUUUAGUAAUGUUGGCAUCAUACUCCUUGUAAUAAUCUAUACCAUUGGAGGUGCCUUCAUUUUCCAAGCAAUUGAAUUAUUCGAAUACGAAAGAUUCAACAAGCACAAAAGUAUAAAACCCAACAUAACGGCGAAAUGCCUGCAGAAGAUCUGGGAUAUAACUGUACAAAAUAUAAGUUUCUUUGAUAACUUUUAUUAUAAGGAAAGAGUAAACGAAAUUUUACUGGAAUUUCAACGGGAAGUUGCGCAUGAAAACUUAAUUGAUCCAGAUAUUGACAAACAAUGGAGCUUUUCGGGUGCCUUCCUCUAUUCACUAACGGUUAUAACUACUAUAGGCUAUGGAAAUAUUUCACCAAAAUCGGAUUGGGGCAAAUUAGUGACCAUUUUAUAUGCAAUUAUUGGUAUGCCACUUUUCCUUUUAUAUUUAUCGAAUAUAGGCGAUGUUCUAGCCAAAUCCUUUAAAUGGAUUUACUCCAAAGUAUGCCUGUGCCGCAUUUGUCCGGGUGUUGCAAGACGGAGAAUCAUACGGGAACGAAAGAAACUACGUCAAUUGGCUAUGUCUAAAGCGCUGCAAGAUAUGGAAAGUCAUCGGAAUACGAGCAGUAGUAGUGACAGUCGGAGCAGUAACAGCUCCUCGAGCAGUUACUACAGUGAAGAAACUGAAACUUCGACCCAGAGUAUGAGUGCACUGGAGAACUUCGAGGAAGAGAAUGAUUCUGACAUUGAGAGAGAAAUACGAAUGAAUACUGACGAAAUAACUGUACCGCUAACGGUUUGCGUGAUCAUAAUGAUAAGUUAUAUAUUAGCUGGAGCUAUUUUGUUUAGCCGUUGGGAGGAAUGGGGCUAUUUGGAUGGCAGUUACUUCUGUUUCAUAUCGUUAAGUAGUAUCGGUUUUGGCGAUUUGGUGCCCGGCGAGCGAGUGAUUACUGCCGAUAAAGACAAAGUGGAGGUUAGUUUUAUACUUUGUGCUGUUUAUCUGUUACUUGGUAUGGCGCUCAUUGCUAUGUGUUUCAAUUUAAUGCAGGAACAAGUCAUUCAUAAUGUGCGCGCCAUAAAGAGGGCUUUUAAGUCCUGCUUUGGUUGCAGAAGAUGACACUACGUAAGACACAGUUAUUAAGUGUACAGUAGAAUAAAUCGUGAUACUAAGUUGCAAAUAUAUCUUCGAAGAAUAUAUGUAGAUAUAUAUUAUUAUACAAUAAAUAUGUAUGUAUAACUGGUUUAAGGAUAGUAUAACUGGUUUAGAUAAUAUAGUUAAUUUAAAUAGCAAUCCAAAUGUGUUCGCAAACAAAAAGCAAGAAAUAAAUAAAAAAAUAGGUGUUUUACGGAUAUUAAUAGACCCA